GUGAAUUUUCAGAUCACGAUUUCUGCUGCUUAAAAGGUCCUCAAACGUCGUGUGUAUUAACUACUUCUAUCUUCUAUUAUGCCGCUUGACCGCUGCGACUGGUCGUUUGUUGAAACGCGAUGGGCCUCACCUGCGUCUCUUCUGGAUAGAUUGCGCAAUAGCUUUACUCCUCGCUAUCCUGAUAGCUGCAUUUCUUUUUCUAGACAAAGCUUCCAACAUGGAGGUAGCUGCUUUUCUUUAAUGCCUGCAGCGAACAAUAUGGCCUCCAGUUCUUCCUCGUCUUCAAGCUCCAGCUCCUCUACAGCUCCCUCUAUCCCCUCCGCUUCAACACCCGAUGGCACCCCGCCCGAGGGCUCGCUGCUCGCACGAGGAAAAGCGGCGAUCCGAAGCCGCCUGGAAAAACAGGGCUUGACGGGGGAAGAUGUGGCCAAGAUUGGCGGGCUCUUUUUGGGGGCAAAGUAUAAAUACUUCUUCAGCUGCUCUCGCUCUGGUUUUCGUUUUUGUGAAGCUGACCUGGCUCUUGAUCUUACUGCAGUGCAUGAGGAAUCGUUCUCACUAAUCCCCAGGGUGGCGGUGGGGUGUAGAAGUCUAGCAUGCAUAAUAUACUGAAUGAUCAACUUAGGUACCUCACCUACGGUGCCUUUCUCUUCCUCGGCGUUCGCUAUCGCCCCUUGCUCACCUGGAUCCAGCGGCAAAGACAGACGGAGUUCAUGAAAAUGAACCCCUUCGUGCAGGAGCGGGAGAAGUGGUUUUUGGAAAGAAGAUCCGCGAUUCAGAAAUCCUCUACCUACGAAGAGCUGAGGGAGAGACUCCGGCGGGCGAGAUCGCGACUGAGGCAAAGACGGGAACACUUGCAACAACAAAUCGCGAAACGCGCAGCGGCGAACGAAGAGGCCAUGGCGAACGGGGUGAAGAGUAACUCUGGGGGGCCAGCCGCGACUGCGAAAGGUGCUGGCGGUGGUGCAUCGAGCGCAUCAUCAACCAAGGCUAGCACGGCAACAGGUGGAUCCGUGGCUGCUGGAGCGGCGACAGAUGCUGGGUCAACAUCUUCUACUAGUGCAGGUGCCACGAGAGGCACAACAGCAGGAGGUGGUGGAUCCUCUGCUUCCUCAACUUCAUCCCGUAGUACUACUUUUGCCCGGAAACACACGCCCAACGUGAACAACUUUUCGGGCACUCUGAUGUGGCUCAUGGACCAAUACUCCUCCCUCGCCGAGAGGUUCAGCAAAAAAGCAGAAGCGUCGAAAGCGGUGCAGUACUUGGCUAGGAUCGUGGAUAAUGACCCGAGAACGUUGGCGAUCGGCGUGGCGGAAGGCACGUUGUUGUACAAGUUUACGUUCCCCUUGACCGCGACAAUUGAAUUCUUCUUGAUCUGCAGAAUGUACCUCUUCUACAAAAACCAAACGCAGUUGAAGCAGGAAACGAAUAAAGAUCAACCUGCAGCAGCAGGAGCGCAAAAGUCAUGACAUUCAGUCGAGAGUGGAAAUAAGCUACGCAGCGAAAGAAAUGAUAGAGGCGCCGCACAAGAGCGGCGAAUUCUCGCGCUUCCGCUUUCGGCCG